AGAUGGCUCCAUCUGCGGGAAAUGCAAACAAAUCAUUGGAGAUGAAUGCAGUUGAAGGAAAGGGAAACUUGCGUUUAGAAUUCAAUAGCAGAUUGACAGAACUUAAAAACCUUCUUCCAGAAGGAAGUUCAAGCCAACCGUGCCAAACGCAGAAUGACAUUUUAUUGGAAGUGAUAAACUACAUAAAAUGGCUUCAAACAGAAUGCAGUCAAAGUCAAGAGAUACAGAAUCAACUUAAACGCCUUUUUGUUGAUUUGAUAAAAUCGGCAGUAACAUUGAAACGCUUAAAAGAUCUAACAAAAGCAACAGUGGUUGACAAAAGCACAGACGGUAAACAGAACACCACAACAUCAUGUGCAUAUACGGAAUGACAUAUUAUACUAACUACGUAUAAAUAGACUCGUUCA